AUGAAAUGGGAGGCGGUGGUCCUGAUAGAGACGUGGUUGGAAGAAAGGGGGUGGAAAAAUAUGAGAGACAGGCUACCAAAAGGAUACAGAUGGGAGGUACAACUAGCGAGGAGAAGGAACAAAAAAGGGAGAGCAAUGGGAGGGAUGCUUAUGGGAAUAAAAGAAGAGAUGUUAGGGAAGGAAGGAGGGUUCAAAAAAGAGGCAGAAAGAGAGGGCAUAUUGGUGGCAGAAUGUAAGGGGGGGAAAGAGAAAUGGAGGGUGGUGGGGGUGAAUGUAAACGGAGACACCGAAGCAAAGAUAGAAGAACUGAAUCCAUGGCUCGAGGAAGUUGAGCGAGAAGGAAGGACGAUAAUUGGUGGUGACUUCAAUGCGAGAACAGGAGAGGAAGGAGGAGCGCAAGAAAAAGAGGAGGAGGAUGAGGGCGAAGAGAGAAGAAGAUCCAAGGACAAGAAGAUAAAUGGCGAAGGAAAAAGAUUGCUGGAAGUGCUAAGGGAGACGGGCUGGUCGAUUGUGAAUGGGAGCAUAGAAGGGAACGAAGAGGGGGAAUUCACUUCUACAGGGGCCAGAGGAGACACGGUGAUUGAUUAUGUGAUAGCGGAAGCAGAGGGGAGGGAAAGAAUUGUAAGCAUGAAAGUAGGGGAUAGUGUGGACUCAGACCACCAUCCUGUGAUAAUGAAGCUGAGAGCGGGAGGUAAGCAGAUGACGAAAGUAGAAAAGGAAAAGAGAGCAACAGCGAGAGGAAAUUGGACGGAGCAGGGGAGGAAAAAGUUCAGGGAAGAAUUAAAAUGGAGGAGAAGCAGGGAUGGCAAAGUUGACGAGGACAUGGAAAUAAUGAUAGAGGAAUUUAAACGAGGGCUAGAAAAAAGCAGAGAGAAGGGGCAGAUAAACAGGAAAAAAGGUUGGUGGGACGAGGAGUGCGAAGAGAGGAUAGAGGGACUCAAGGGAGUCCUAAGGGAGUGGAGGAAAGGGCGCGAGGAGGGAGAAAGCUACAGGAAGGCAAAGAGGGAGUACAAUAGUCUUUGCAAAGAUAAAAAGAGAGAGGAAAACGAGAGGUUCAUAAAAGAGGUGGAGGGAGCUAAAACUGACAAGGGGGUAUAG